AUGCCGGCACCAAAAUCUCCAUCAGCGCCACCUCCAGCAACCCCCAAUGGCGAAAUUGCACCGGAGAGGUCGCCGUCGCCCUCCCGGCCCCAAAUUGCCCUUCAACAAUCUUCCCAUCAGAACAAAAAAGGUUCAUUUAUAUCAACCAAACUUUUCCGUCGAGUCAGGUCAGUGUUCAAGUCAUUUCCUAUAGUCAGUACGCCUUGCAAGAUGCCGAUCCCAAUCAACGGUGGUCGGCCUCACGACGGCCACCACAUUCAUGGAGGAAAGCAAAUGACAGGAACCCUUUUCGGGUACCGAAAAGCUAGAGUUAACUUGGCUAUCCAAGAAAAUCCCAGGUGCCUUCCAUUGCUUGUGCUCGAACUCUCCAUCAACACCGGAAAGCUCCUCCAUGAGAUGGGAUUGGGGCUGGUCAGAAUUGCUUUGGAGUGUGAAAAGCAUCAUCCCUCGGAGAAAAUCAAGCUCAUUGACGAACCGAUAUGGACUAUGUAUUGCAAUGGUAAAAAAGUUGGGUAUGCAGUAAAGAGAGAGCCAACUGAGGAUGAUUUGAAUGUGAUACAAAUGCUUCAUGCAGCUUCAGUGGGAGCUGGGGUGCUUCCCAUUGAUCAUACCAGUGCUGGAGAAUCUUCAUCGGAUGGCGGAGAAUUGACUUACAUGAGAGCUUGCUUUGAACGAGUGGUAGGAUCCAGGGACUCGGAAACUUAUUAUAUGAUGAAUCCGGAUGGUCGCAACAGUGGACCAGAACUUAGCAUUUUUUUCGUAAGGGUUUGA